CUAGACACUGAUAUGGUCGCUCACGUCGGAGAUUUUGGGCUUGCAAAAAUUCUUUCCCUUGAAGGAGUACCUAAUGUAAACAACCAAAGCUCAAGCGUUUUCAGAGGAACCAUUGGGUAUGCACCUCCAGAAUAUGGACUUGGAAGCGAAGUUUCAACCAGCGGAGACAUUUAUAGCUAUGGGAUCAUGUUGUUGGAGAUGAUGACAGGGAAGAGACCUGUUGAUCCCAUGUUUGAAAAAGGUCUAACUUUGCAUUCCUAUGCUAGGAAUGCCUUGGCUGAUGGUUCUGUGCUACAGAUUCUGGAUCUAGUGCUUCUAAAUGAGGAUGUUGAUGAAAAGGGUUUGAUUUCUUUAGUGAAAAUUGGAGUGCAAUGCUCUUCAGAGUCCCCACAAGAUCGAAUGGAUAUUGGGAGUGUUGUUCAUGAGCUCUUCUCAAUAAUAAUUGCAACUAGAUCUUGAAUUGUGUUAGAUCCACAGAUCAAGGUCUACAACCCCAUAAGCUAGUAUGUGAUUGUGUUAUAAUGUUGGUUUUUAUCGUAUUAUGUUAAUCU